ACAGAGAAGGGGUUCAGUUCAUUCUGGACUGCAUUUUGGAGUCGUAUAGUGCUGCCAAUAUUAAUGGAUGCAUUCUUGCUGAUGAUGUGGGCAAACACUUUAUUGCUUCGGUGUCUAUUCUGUGAGAGCAAGUGUGUGGUUUUUAAUGUUUGUGCUAUUGUUUUAGUUAUGUGGUUUGGAAUUUUGCAGUUUGGAAAAGAAAUUGCACUAUUGCAGUCAAUUACUUUAUACUAUUCUAUGCCAAGGGUUUGAUGGGAAACCAAUGGUUAAAAGGGCCAUUAUUGUAACACCAACUAGUCUUGUAAGCAACUGGGAGGCUAAAAUCAAGAAGUGGAUGGGAGAAAGGGUUAAGCUUAUUGCUCUCUGUGAAAGCACAAGAGAUGAUGUUCUAUCUGGAAUUGACGGAUUCAUGAUUGCCCUGCAGCUUUCCACAGGCAUUGGCCUCUCUCAUGCAAAUGCCGGAUUUUGUUAUCUGGAACUCCAAUGCAGAAUUACCUAGAAAUUUUCUUUUCCAUUGUCAACUUUACUAAUCCUGGAAUCUUGGUUGAUGCUGCAUACUUUCUCCAUUACCCUGAAGUUGGUUAACAUUCUUUUUGACAUUAUUCAGACAGCUUUACAUUUUAAAUGCUAUAAUUUUUACAGUUCAGAUAUGAUAUUUAGGAACUGGUUAUUUCAUAUAUCUCUUCUUUCUUGUCAUUUUCCUAACCUGUGCUGCAGAUAGAAUUGUUGAGAGGUGGACUGGUUUCAAUUAUUUCAAUUUAUCAUAGUUCUGUUGUUGCUAUAAUUAUUAAAACAUAGUUCUAUUAAAUUUGUAUCUUUUUAUCCUUCACAAAGGCAAAACGUUCACUCAUCAGGAAGAUCUUCCUGAAAAGGUGCAAUUGGUGAGAACAUAUUUUUGAGACCACCUCUUGGAAAUCAACUGCCCCCAAAAAACGCCAUAUGUCACUGGAGAACUUGAAGAUGAUGAUUUUGCAUAAAAACUCGGCUCAGCAGAUUAAAUGAAGAUGUUUUUUCCUGUCUAUCAAUUUUCAACAUGCUAACCUUGGGUCCUAUAUAGAAUCCAGAAAUUUCUUUGUAUAGACUAAAUCUCCUUUUCUUAUAUUUUACUGCCCUUAAAAGGCUGAAUUAAUUAGACAUGAGAAUCACAGUUUAUGGAACCCUAUUAGAUACAGAUAAAAUCAAAACAGCUAAGCUGGCAGCUAGCCAAUAGAGAACAUGCUGACCUUGGCUAAGUUGUUGUUUGUUAGCAAGCUGGUUAGUUAUCAUUUGCUAGGAGAUUAGCUGCUAAUUGACAGUUAGUUGAGUUGGAUAAGUUGAAGGGUCAAGCUUCUUUCUGCUGUAAUUGUUUUUAU